AUCUCACUGUGAAGAGCUACAAAUAUUUCAAACAAUCUUCGGUACUGUGCAAGUGGAUUGUUGCGGAGAAGUUUUCUCUGGUGCAAUUGGACAUAGAAUAUUGUAUCUAGUAAACGGAAUAAUAACGGAAACAUGACCAGCGGCGAAUGGAAGCGACCAGCUUUGGAGGUUCUUUUGAAGCUCUACCGAGAGCACCCGAUCCUGUAUGAUAUGCGGCAUCCAAAGUACUACAAUAAGACGGAACGGCAGAAAGCUCUAAAUACCAUCAUAGACAUGCUCGAGGAUCUUCGUCCCGGAACGACCAGCAAUGACAUAUUGAGAAAGAUACAGAGUAUGAGAACACAGUUUGGUCAGGAGCUGACUAAAGUAAAGAAACGUCAGAAUAAAGGCUUAACCUAUGUUCCUACUAUCUGGUGGUAUAACUAUUUGUCCUUCCUGCGAAUUCAUAUACGGCCACGUUCGGCCAUUGAAGACGACGCUCGUCAUCAAUCGGAUCCCGAAUAUGAGAACUAUGCUGAUGAUUCUCUCGAAUACGAUGGGGAUUCCGAAGUUAUCUAUGAAAUUCAAAGCGUUUCAAAAGGAAUAAAGGCGGAAGCUAGCGGUAAUGCGAAAGCAGAGAAUGGCAACGAUAAGGAGGAAAUUAUUUACGAGAUCACGGAAGCCAACACAGUGGUACCAAAGCGUAAAAUAGAUUUGAACAAUUCGGACGAACAGAUCCUCAAGCAGGCUCGCACAGAGACAGUAAUCGAAGAGGAACCCAUUCAAUCGAGCAGUGGGGGUGAAGGUAGCGGAAGCCGCAAAACUGAAAUCUGCGAAAUUGCGGUCGACGGGGAUAGGUGCCACAGUCUGGGAAGAUUUGUUAGUUCGCAGAUGGCAUCUAUUAAAGACGAUUACCUAUUUUAUGCCACGCAGAUGGACGUGCUCAAUAUUAUAAACAAAGCGCAACUGAAGCAGCUGCUUUUCGAUAAGGAGGAAAAGAAAUCGGACUAAUAAUGGUGCUUUAGUGUUUUUCCUUGAUUAUGCUAUAAAGUUUUAUCCAACUAUUGCUUAUAAUAUUGUCCACGAUCACUCAGCAGACAGAUAGCAUGUGCAGUGACCAUGUUCAAUCUACGAACAAUUGUAGUUUACAUGUGUUUUAAU